AUGGCGAGCCCGGGCCAAGAUACCGUGGAGGAGAGGCUCCGAUUCGAUGAGCAGGCGCUGGCAAGAUACUUGGUCUCCCAGGGCCUGCCCGGUGUGGAGGGUGGAGCCUUGAGGGUGAAGAAGUUCGGAUACGGGCAGUCGAAUCCCACCUACUGCUUAGACGCUCAUGGCGGCCAGAGGUAUGUGCUGCGCAAGCAACCGCCAGGCAAGCUGAUUCGUGGCGCGCACGCCGUCGACCGAGAGUAUCGCGUGAUGAAGGCUUUGGGUCAGGUCGGCUACGAGGUUCCGGUUGUCCAUGCGCUGUGCGAGGAUUCCAAGGUGAUUGGAACAUCCUUCUACGUCAUGUCCUUCGUCAAGGGGCACAUUCCGGACAACGGCUUGCUGAAGCUUCCCAAGGACCGGCGUCGGCCGGCCAUGGAGGCGAUCGUUCAAAGCCUGGCCAAGCUCCACAGCUACGACCCCAACACCUUGGGGCUGCUCUCAGGAAAGCCCUAUGGCAAGAUGGGCGGCUUCUACGAGCGGCAGAUCCGCACCAUGAAGCGGACUAGCGAGGCGCAGGUCUCGGGCUCCGACGGCCACAUCCCCCCCAUGAAGCGCCUCGAUGAGCUCAUCAGGCUCUUCGAGGCGAACAUGCCUCCGGACAGGUCGUGUGUGAUCCAUGGCGACUGGAAGCCUGACAACCUCAUCCUCUCCCCCGACGGCCAGCCAAAAGUGCUGGCAGUGGUUGAUUGGGAGUUGAGCACCAUUGGGCAUCCGAUGAGCGACCUGGCCAACCUCUGCCUGCCCUAUCACCUCGGUGGGCUGGGGCGGCUGGUCGGCUACCCUGCCUUGGGCAGCGAGGAGGAUGGCUCGGCCAUCCCGGAGGAAGAGGUGCCCCUCCUGGAUGCCCAAAGACAGGGAUUUCGCAGGUACCUAGAACAGGGCCACAAAGCAGAGUCGCACAAGCACGGAGUUCUUCGCACAAGUCUUGCGAUCGUACUGUGCUGCAGCAGGGGCCCAGACCCCAACAAGCAGGGAGGGGCAUAG